AUGUGCCUGCGCAUCGUCCCUGACGAGAACGAUGAGAACCCGCUGUACGAGCGUGAUGAUACCCUAGGAUACUACAGUUCCACGGGUUGUCCUUUCAUCGUUAUCAUCUUGGCCGCCGGGAUGGUGGCCUUCGUUGGAGCAGUCAUCUGCAUCAUCGCCGCGGUCCAUACCGGCUCCGCUGCCGAAUCUCCCCAGCAGCCUGUGGCAGACAACCAGUCUCACUCUCCGGACGCUGGAGUGCAGCAGACUUUCACCGGGGGCUCCGUGGCGCGAGCGGGUCCACUGGGCGCUCUCCAUGGUUCUGAAACGCAGGACGGAGAAGCGCCCACUUUCUUCCACGUCCCCAGCGGCUCAGACGGCAUUGGUGGAACUAGGCAGGUUAGCAGACUUAUCUGCACCCCAGUCCCCGCCGGAGAAUGCAACCCCAAAAACUUUCAGCAACAAGCCGAAGACCCGUCGCUGUUCGCCGGUGAGGACUGGGGAUACCUCCGCACCACGGCAGAGGAGCUCAAACAGACAGUUCUCCAGCAGAAGGACCAGAUUAUCACCGACCAGCGGACCAUUAGGGAUCUGUCAGGCAAGCUUUCGGAGUGUGAGAGCGGAAUAGAGGGGCGUAGAGGCCCGGAGAGUAGCGCGGGGCUCUGGGGAGGUAAGAGGGUAGAUGAGGGCCGGCUCAUGGUCCGGGACAGUGCUCCGUCGUCGUCUGUGGCACAGCUGCUCAUCGCUCAGGCUGUAGGCGAGCUGGAACAGGCUAUCGUUCAGAUGAAAGACCGCAUAGAGAAACUGGAGUCAGAUAUCGGACCGCUGGCGUUCCCUCACAACCACACGGAUGCAGCAACUGCGGUGACUUCAAGAGGGGCAGGUGGUGGUGGGCUCUCUGAGGCCUCUGAUGGUUGGGGUGAGGCAGGGCUAGUGGGGCAGGCCGGGGCAGGGGAUGGACCAGAGCAGUGGCCACGGAUGGAGGAUCUGGAGGGAGAGCUUGAGAGGAAGCUGGAACUCCUGGAGAAGGAGAGGAAGGCCCUGCGAAAGGAAUCCCAAAGACACAGGCAGGAGAUUGACCAGGGGAUCAACUCCCUACACCACCGCAUUGCUGGCCUGGAGGAGGGACUCUCAGAGUACACCUACCCCGAGGGCUACAAGCUGUCCUUCCCAACGCGUACCAACUAUAUGUACGCAGUGGUACAGCACCCCAUCCCUGAGCUGCGUGCCUUCACCGUGUGCCUCUGGCUGAGACCCGCCGAGGGGGGCAUCGGCACCCCUUUCUCCUACGCUGUGGCGGAGCAGCCCAACGAGCUAGUUCUGCUGCAGGGCGUGCACACCCCUGUGGAGCUGCUCAUUAACGACAAGGCGGCGGAGUUACCUCUGAACCUGUCCCGGGGCAGCUGGCACCACAUCUGUGUAAGCUGGAGCCAGAGAGGCGGGGCGUGGCAGGCCUACCAGGGGGGCAAGCUGAGAGGAGAGGGGCAGGGCCUGGCAGCCUGGCACCACAUCAGGCCUGGGGGAGUCCUCAUCCUGGGGCAGGAACAGGACACUCUGGGCGGACGUUUCGACUCGUCCCAGGCCCUGGUGGGGGAGCUAUCCCAGUGGAACGUAUGGGAGCGGGUCCUGACCCCCAGCGAGGUGUCCAGCCUGGCCCACUGCAGCCAGCACGGCCCCCAGCCAAAGGGUAAUGUGGCCCCCUGGACCAACCGGGGAGUAGAGGUGUUCGGAGGAGCCAUCAAGGUUCCCCGGGAGCCCUGCGCUGCUAAACGCAUCAACACCCCACUGUGA